UAUAAAACUAGAGAGACUGAUUCACAAUCGUGACAACCGAUCAGAGUAUGGUUGCGUACCGUUUUACAGUAAGCAGUACUUUUACUACAGUAAAAACUUCACUCAAAGAUUCAGAAGAAUAUUCUAAACCACUAUCAAAGGUUUGUAACCACUACAAAGUUAGUAAAAUAAUAUAAACGGUCGGAUUUUUUCAAGUGAUCUCUGAUUGCUAUGUAAACACAUGUGAUACAAAGAGAAAAAGAUUUUCCUAAUUCAAAGAAUAAAGUUCAUUUGUUCUGGAGUUGUCUGAUAUCGGUCGAUGAACUUAAGGGCAGAGAUUACGAAGACAGAUAUUUUCCCUAGAUAAGUUCUCAAAAACUAGCAUUAUUUCCAUUGGUAUCAUUGCCAUCAUUUCGGAACAAGCAACAUAAUAACGAAGAACAUCAUUGGCUCCUGACAAAGUAGCAUAAUCAAGAAAAGAAGUAUAAGUAGCCAAUCAACAUCUUCAUCAAUCUACAAGCAACACUAUCAUCAAGCAGAAGUUCAGCUUUUGCGGUAUAAUUCUACUAACAACAUCGUUCCACAAGAGUACAUCUAAUCCAGCAUCAUGCUGUUGUUAUUCAUGAUACAUCUUGUUGCUGUUUUGUUAGUCCUUGGAAGUCCAUUUAAAAAUGAAAAUUCGAUUUAUCGAGAAUAUGCAGACAACGGUUGUUCCCUGUCCACGAAAUAUAAAUAUGGCGAUCUUAAAGAACCACAACCAUUGAUUCUAACACGAAAUGGUACUGUAUCGAAAAUACUUUAUCCCAAUGAAAAGGGUUUAUUAAAAAUGCAAACAGGUCAAUCAAUUUAUUUGGAAUGUCCUGGUGACAAAAAUUUUGUUAGACCAAAUAGAAAUCUCAAGGAAGUUAAAGCUACUUGCGUAGGGAAUAAAAUGUUUAACGUUAAUGGUGAAAAUAAAAAUUUUUCAUCGAUAACGUGUAAAUUUGUACCAGAGAGCCUAGCAAGGCGUACAAAUUUAUGGUGUUACGAUAACAAAAGUACACACGUUGAAAUUGGUUUCAAUUUGACUACCAAUUUUCUUCCUUUAAUUGAACUAUGUCACGAUGAAGAAACCUACAUUACGUACUAUACGAAAUUUAGGAUGACGAAAUGGAUCGGUGGACAUCAGAAAGGUUUUCCUAGACCGAGAUGGACGAAAGGAGAUUACUAUGGAAAAAUAAAUAUGGACUUGCAAUACAACUUCAAUACUCAACUUCAAACAUUCACAAAAUUAUUAAAUUCAAGCGAAUUGGCUAAAUCGUAUUUAAAUAAGACAAGUGAAUUUUUAAACCGUGGACAUUUGACGGCAAAGUCUUAUUUCAUUUACGGUGCAAUGCAAUCGUCGACUUUUUGGUUUAUAAAUACUGCACCUCAAUGGUCUUCUUUCAAUUCUGGCAACUGGGAAAAACUCGAAGAAAAUGUCAGAACUUUCGCAUCUAAUCGUUCUUUAGAUCUCGAUGUUUAUAUUGGUGUACACGAUCAAAUGACUUUGCCGAAUUUUAAUAAGACAGAGACACCUAUAUAUCUCUACGUCAAUGGCACAACCAAAGCACUUCCCGUUCCCAAGUUCUUUUGGAAAAUAAUCUACGAUCCACAAAGUAAGAAGGGUACUGCAUUCGUUGGUUUGAAUCAUCCCUUUAUCAAGUCGAUCACAAAAGAUAUUUACAUAUGCAACGAUAUCAGUUCGACGAUCAAUUGGCUCACCUGGGAACCUAGGAAUAUCAGAAAAGGUAUCUCUUAUGCGUGUACCGUCGAAGAUCUACGUAGAGCAGUACCAACUAUUCCUAAAUUUCAAACGUUCGAUGUUUUAAUCUAAGAAUCGAUACGAAUAAUUUCAAAAUAUAUGAAACAUUAAAGAGGUAUUAUCUACUCUAUUAGAGUUACGUUCGAUUAUUUCCUUUGAUCUUUGACACGUGCCAACUACUUCCUAUGUUAACAUGCUAACGACUUACAAAUCUAAUUCCCCUUCAAUGUUAUUAUUAAUUAUAUCAAUUUUGAAUAAAACUGUAAAUAAAUUUAUAUUCUAUAUACAUAUAUUACAGCAUGCAUCGUGUCUUAUAAUUAUUUUGAACAUAAAGGGUAAUAAACAGUUGAUUCACACAACUGAUAUCGUAGCUAAGUUUGUAAUUUAAAAGUUUCCUC